GUCAGACAUAGAACAGGACUUUAUUAGCAAAACAGCCUGGAGAGAAACAGAAGUAUGUGAACUGCAAUGGAACAAGGGGCCAAAAGCUAGCCAUAAAAAGAGCGCCAUAAAAAGCAAAGGAAAACUUUGCCCUAAACAGAGCCACCACAAAAGCAGAGGAACACUCCAUGGCAAUGAUGGCAAAAGGGAGAAUGAGUCAGAGAAG